UCCUGAUAACCGACGUCAGGGCACAUGUGCGCAGGCACUUUAAGGACAGCUCUAGGGUCUUCUUCGUAAAAUUGUAAGUGGAGAAGAUGCCUGUGUUUGUUUUCAGUUCAGAGAGGAAGGAAGCGCAGACUGCAGCGCUGCACCACAGCGGAAGUGCCGGGAACCACACACGGUCGAAAACACGGGGCUGUGUCAGGGACGUGAUCUGGAGCAGAUCCGCCUGCGGUGAACGCGGACACGGCCAGUGAAUCCCGAACAUUCCCGCAGACAUGGGGGGCUCUUCGAGCGUCCAGAUACCCGGAGGAGGAACCGAGGGAUUCCACGUCCUCAGGGUGCAGGACAACUCUCCUGGUCACCGUGCAGGACUGGAGCCAUUCUUUGAUUUCAUCAUUUCUAUAUGUGACACAAGACUGAACAAAGACAAUGACACCUUAAAAGAGCUACUGAAGAUAAAUGUGGAGAAGCCCGUGAGGUUGCUGCUGUACAACAGUAAGACCAUGGCAGUGAGGGAGGCGACGGUGACACCCAGCAACAUGUGGGGAGGACAGGGGCUGCUGGGAGUCAGUAUUCGCUUCUGCAGUUUCGAAGGAGCCAAUGAAAACGUCUGGCACGUCCUGGAGGUUGAACCUAACUCUCCUGCAGAGCUGUCUGGUCUCAGGCCCUUCACCGACUACAUCAUCGGAGCAGACUCUGUCAUGAACGAGAGCGAUAACCUGUUCUCUCUGGUUGAAUCCUACGACGGGAAGGAGCUGAAACUCUACGUCUACAGCACUGACACGGACAACUGUCGUGAAGUCAUCAUCACCCCGAACUCAGAGUGGGGAGGAGAGGGCAGUCUAGGCUGUGGUAUUGGCUAUGGCUACCUGCACAGGAUUCCUACUUUGCCAUAUGAAGAGGGCAAGAGGCUCAGUUUACCUCUACAGACUCCCAGUGAACUUCCUGCUUCACCUCAGGAUGGAUUCACAGAGGUUCAUCUCUCUGCUGUCGUUCCAACUGUACCAGUAGCUCUGUCGUCGUCUUCAGCCCCCAGAUCACAGCAGUCUCCCCCCAAACUGUCUGUCAUCUCUAACCCAACAGCUGUCGUCAGUCAUCACACAGGUCAGCAAACAGUUCCACCCUUCUUCCACGUUUCAUCCACACAAAGUGUUCCUGUGUCUGUGAAUCCUGCUCUAACAGUCCCAGCCUCAGUGCCUACACCUGCAGGUCUUCAACGUUUGCCAAACUUCAACGCCUCUGGGCCAAACUCAAGCCAAACAUUUCCAGGCAAAGUAGGAUUCCAACAUCCAGGUCAUCCGAUGGUUCCUUCUCUCAACCUCCCUAAUAUGAUCACUGGUGUCACUCUGCCUCCUACCAACUAUGCUCAUCAACCUAUGGUUACUAACACUGUUUUUGCUUCCACAGCCAUUUCCACUGUCCAACAGAGCAGAGCACUUACCAGAACCUCAGCCCCAUCAUCGGUGUCCUCCUCUGAAUCAGUUAAUAUCCCAAUGACGGCGGAAACAUCCCAGUAACUCAAAAAGUUUUUUUUUGUUUUUUAAAGACGCUAUUGUCGCUCAUUUUUAAUGGACCACAAAAAGUGUUUGGUGGUUUCUUGUUCAUCUUCAGGGAUGCUGUCCUGUAUUUGUAUUUUGUCUUUGCCUGUCUUUUGUAAGCGGUCCCAACAUUUCUAGACAGAGGUCGGCUGGCCCGUUAAACACAGACCAAGGCAUAGGGACAGGAUCAGGAUAUUAUAAAAUAUUUUCAUUAUAAAAUCAAAUGUAUUGUGUUGAAAUUUCAAAUUUGUUAUUUAUUUAAUAGACCAUCAGGUGUUUUGACACAGGCUUUUUACGUGCAUUUCUUAAGUCCACUGAGUCAAGCUACUGCUGAAAGGUUAAUGUAUUUUAUAUUUUGUGGUAAAACAGUGACCAAUUUACAGGAUUAGUGUCAAGACCACAUGACUUUGACAUGGACUUCAACAUUUUUGUUAAAUUUCUAUGGUCAGCUUCUUUGAGGAGUCUAUCAGCAGCACAAGGUAACAAUUAGCUUCUGUAUUAUUUAUAGAUUUUUGCACCAAAGCUCCAGUUUUUAGAUGCUGAGAUUAUAAUACUUUGACAUUACACCAUCCACACAGAGUAAUGUUAGUCACUGAAUUUAAAUUAACAGGACAAAAGGCCAUGCAGUUUGUCAAAGGCAAACAUUUUCUGAAGCUUUUACUGAAAUAUAAUUAUUGAAGUCUUUUUAAGAGUGUUAUAUGGGGAAACAAGGUUGAAGUGCUUCUGCAUUUGUCUUUAAGGGUUAAAUUAUUUUCUUUUUUUUACAUGCCAGUGAGAAAUUUAAAGUAAAAGGUGUGUUGGUGAUAUGACAGAUUUCAC